CGGCUGUGAUUCGGGAAAUGCAGGCGUAUGCCGUGUGGGAGAAGGCUGAAGCGGCAGUCGGAGCAGCGACGGGGUCGGCGAUCGCGGCGGCGGAGCGUCGGAUGGAACAGGCGAAGGUGGCAAUGGAGUCCGCCAAGGACGCGGUGGUAGACGUCCGAGAAGGUAUGGCGGGCAAGAUAAGGGCCUUCAUAGAGUUGGCAAAACGCCUCGGCACGUCGGAGGCCGCGUACCUGAAGUUCCCUCCUGUGAACGCCACCUUCCCCGGCGCGAUUGGGAAGCUCGAGGCGGCCGAGAUCAAGAUGGGGCGCGCGCUCGUGCACUACGAUCUCGCCAAAGAGGAGGAGAUCCUCGCGGAGGAGGCGGAGUUUGCGGCCGAGGCCAAGCUGCGGCGUGCCAAGAAGGCGGAGCGGCCCGCGUUGGAGAAAAAGUUGGCGGAGGCGGUGGCGCGCGUGGAGAAGGCCUCGCGUCUCCUUCCGAUGGCAGAAACCGCGCGCCUGGCGGCCGAGCAAGAGGUGCAACGCUCCAUCGAGGCGGCCGAGGUGGCGAUCGCAAACGCCGCGAGCCUUAGUGGGCUGGGGCCCUGAGAAGCUGAGGCUGAGACAUGGGUGGGGGGGGGUAUGUCUGUCUGUCUGUGCAUGCAUGUGGCUACGGCUCUCUAGCAGCGAGCGAGCAGGCUCGUUCUCGGAUGCUGGCCGGAUGGGUGCUCGGAGGUUGCGGGAGGGCAAAGAAAGAAAACGGGUUUCAAUCUCUCUCUC